UCACCAAUUCCCACUUUCAUUUCUUUCUCAAAAAAAAAUUCCCACUUUCAAUUCAUGCAAAGUAACUUAAGAUAGCCCAAAUAUUUACUAGUACAGUCCAUAUCCUCUGUUUCCUCUGCUUCUCUCAUUUCAUUCACCAACUUUCACAUUCCUCUGUUUGACUCUAUUUCUGAUUCAUGGACCGUGCUCGUCGGCUCGCCAACCAGGCGUUUCUCCGACGACUCGUGUCCGAAUCAAAACACCCACGUCCUUCUUCUUCUCCUUCCCCUGUUUUUACAUACUCUGUUUCAACCUCAAGGUAUUUCUCAUCUCUAGCUCCCUCGAUCCCUGCAAACUCUCGCUCACUAUUUCAAACCUGUGCCUCAAUUCCAAAUGGGUUUUCUCUUAACUCUCAAAUCAGAUCCAUAUCCGUGGAUUCACUCAAACCCAGUGACACUUUUCCUCGCCGCCAUAACUCUGCAACCUCUGAGGAACAAGCCAAAAUGGCUCAACUUUGUGGCUUCCAAAGCCUCGAUUCUCUCAUUGAUGCCACAGUCCCCAAGUCAAUCCGUAUUGGGUCGAUGGACUUUACCAAGUUCGAUGAGGGAUUGACAGAGAGCCAAAUGAUAGAGCACAUGAAAAAUUUGGCUUCAAAGAACAAGAUUUUGAAGUCCUUCAUUGGGAUGGGCUAUUAUAACACAUAUGUCCCUCCUGUGAUUUUAAGGAACAUCAUGGAAAACCCAGGUUGGUAUACACAGUAUACACCUUACCAGGCUGAGAUAUCUCAGGGCAGGCUUGAGUCUUUGCUCAAUUACCAAACCAUGGUCUCUGACCUUACUGGAUUGCCAAUGUCCAAUGCUUCAUUGCUCGAUGAAGCAACCGCGGCGGCAGAGGCAAUGGCCAUGUGUAAUAACAUCCAAAAGGGUAAAAAGAAGACAUUUCUGAUUGCUAAUAAUUGUCACCCUCAGACCAUUGAUGUUUGCGAGACUAGAGCUGAUGGGUUUGGUCUUAAAGUGGUUGUUAAGGAUGUUAAGGAUUUUGAUUAUGAAUCCAAUGAUGUUUGUGGGGUUUUGGUUCAGUAUCCAGGGACACAAGGCGAGGUUUUGGAUUAUGAGGAGCUUAUAAAGAACGCACAUGCUAAAGGGGUUAAGGUGGUUAUGGCAACUGAUCUUCUAGCACUGACCAUUUUGAAGGCACCUGGUGAAUUGGGUGCUGAUAUUGCUGUUGGGUCAGCUCAGAGGUUUGGUGUGCCAAUGGGUUAUGGGGGUCCCCAUGCUGCAUUCUUAGCUACUUCACAGGAGCAUAAGAGGAUGAUGCCUGGGAGAAUUAUUGGUGUUAGUAUCGAUUCUACGGGAAAGCCUGCACUUCGAAUGGCAAUGCAGACUAGGGAGCAGCAUAUCCGGAGGGAUAAAGCCACCAGCAAUAUCUGUACUGCUCAGGCAUUACUUGCAAAUAUGGCUGCCAUGUAUGCUGUCUAUCACGGGCCUGAAGGACUCAAGACCAUUGCACAGAGAGUCCAUGGUCUUGCUGCAACAUUUGCAUGUGGCCUGAAGAAGCUUGGCACAGUGGAGGUUCAGGGGCUUCCUUUCUUUGACACCGUGAGGAUCAAGUGCUCCGACUCAAAGGCAAUUGCUGAUGCUGCUUACAAAAAGGAAAUGAAUCUGCGGGUUGUUGAUUCAAACACGAUUACUAUUUCCUUUGAUGAGACAACAACACUAGAGGAUGUGGACCAGCUUUUUGAAGUGUUUGCUUGUGGCAAACCAGUGACAUUCAGUGCUGCAUCUCUUGCACCAGAGGUUGAUACCCUGAUCCCAACUGGGCUUAUCAGAGAGAGUCCAUAUCUUGCCCAUCCGAUCUUUAACACGUAUCAUACUGAGCAUGAGCUGCUCAGAUACAUUCAUAGGUUACAAUCAAAGGAUCUGUCCUUGUGCCACAGCAUGAUUCCUCUAGGAUCUUGUACAAUGAAACUAAAUGCCACGACAGAGAUGAUGCCUGUGACAUGGCCUAGCUUUGCUAAUAUUCACCCUUUUGCUCCAAUUGAACAAGCCCAGGGAUAUCAGGAAAUGUUUGAUGACUUGGGCAAACUCUUGUGCACCAUCACUGGAUUUGACUCUUUCUCUUUACAACCUAAUGCUGGUGCUGCUGGAGAGUAUGCUGGGCUAAUGGUCAUACGUGCUUACCAUAUGGCCAGAGGAGACCAUCACCGCAAUGUUUGUAUUAUACCUGUGUCUGCACAUGGUACCAAUCCUGCAAGUGCUGCUAUGUGUGGAAUGAAAAUUGUUGCUGUUGGAACUGAUGCAAAAGGAAACAUUAAUAUUGAUGAGUUAAAAGAGGCUGCUGAAGCAAAUAGGGAGAAUUUAUCCGCACUCAUGGUUACCUAUCCUUCAACUCAUGGUGUGUAUGAAGAAGGCAUUGAUGAGAUAUGUAAGAUUAUUCAUGACAAUGGAGGUCAAGUUUACAUGGAUGGGGCUAACAUGAAUGCACAGGUUGGUUUAACAAGCCCAGGUUGGAUUGGAGCAGAUGUUUGCCAUCUCAAUCUGCAUAAAACAUUUUGCAUUCCUCAUGGAGGAGGUGGUCCUGGUAUGGGUCCCAUUGGCGUGAAGGAACACUUGGCACCAUUUCUACCAUCACAUCCUGUGGUACCGGCAGUCGGUAUUCCAGCACCAAAAAGGGCUCAACCUCUUGGUACCAUCUCUGCUGCUCCUUGGGGUUCUGCGCUUAUUUUGCCAAUUUCAUAUACAUACAUAGCCAUGAUGGGUUCUAAGGGACUCACUGAAGCCUCAAAGAUAGCAAUCUUGAAUGCAAACUACAUGGCAAAACGUUUGGAGAGCCACUACCCCAUUCUUUUUCGAGGAGUCAAUGGAACAGUUGCCCAUGAAUUCAUCAUUGACUUGAGGGCUUUCAAGAACACAGCUGGUAUAGAGCCUGAAGAUGUUGCUAAACGUCUUAUGGAUUAUGGUUUUCAUGGACCAACAAUGUCAUGGCCAGUUCCAGGGACACUAAUGAUUGAACCAACAGAAAGUGAAAGCAAGGCAGAGUUAGACAGAUUUUGUGACACUCUAAUAUCCAUUAGAGAAGAAAUUGCUCAAAUUGAAAAUGGGAAAGCUGAUAUUCAUAACAAUGUUCUCAAGGGCGCUCCUCAUCCACCAUCGCUACUCAUGGAGGAUACAUGGACAAAACCAUAUUCAAGAGAGUAUGCUGCCUUCCCUGCUUCUUGGCUGCGAGCUGCUAAGUUCUGGCCUUCAACUGGACGCAUAGACAAUGUGUAUGGUGACCGCAACCUCAUUUGUACCCUUCUUACUCCAUCUGAAGUUGCUGAAGAACAAGCUGCAGCUAGUGCAUAGACCUGUGGUUAUGCCUUAUGAAGUUUUUUGGAGUUGGAACCACCAUUACGUUCUCUUAACUGUAUAUGAAAAUAUUCCUUUUCAUUGGUUUGCUUAGGGAUGUGGAUCAAUUUGUGCCCAUUUAAACUUUUAUUGAUACAAAAAAAUGGAAAUGGCGUCACUUCGAUUCUGAUUUA